AUGGUCAGACUUUGGAACAUCGUUGCUCUUGGACUCGCUGCUCUAGCGACAGCGUCGCCGCUCUCUUCGGAUGUGCCUGUUGUGGACAGCCGUUCUGAUUCACCCAAAGAGUCUGUCAAGGGCAACUGUUCACCAGCCUGUGGCAAGUAUAACUUUGUCUUCACCGGUUUACCAUGGAAUCACCCGGCAGUUGCAGCAAGCGGGUUUACACCCCAGCAAGUAGAAGCCGGUAUCCGAGCAGAUAUGGCAGCCAUCGUGAAGGCUGGUUAUAACAUCAAGGCUGUCCUUCUUGGGCCCGAGGACGGACUGGACUUCGUCUCCAGUGAGUUGAAGGGGACGAACUGGAGAGGAGUUGGUGUUGGUUUUGGCAUCCGAGGAAACCCCUCCCCUGUCAUCACACGCCGUCUGAUGGAUAUCAUUCAACUGUACCGAGAUGAAGAGCCUCGUUCUCGUAUUCUCUUCAAUUACUCGCCUGUAACAUCACUUUGGGCCAUCCAGCAGUACUUUCCACUUCCGACCAACUGCACCGAUUCUCCUGGCAAAAACCUGGCAAGUGCUUAUCUUCUGUGA